GCAGGACAAUCGGUAUCGUGGUGGCCUUUCAAAGGAUAGUUUUCUCAUGAAAGCCAAAUGUUCUAGAUUUAGACGCGCGUGGCCUUCUAAGGAUAAUUUUCUCAUGGAUCUAGAUUUAGACGUGUGGCCGAGGGAAAAAGGGGAUCGAUAUGCGCGGGCGCAUGAAUGGCGAAAAAUUUGUGGGGCAGUGCAAAGCCUAGAAAAAAAAAAAAUAGGUCCUGACGUGAUCCGAGAAAUGAUUGAGGCGUUGGCAAAUUCAUUUACCAGUGGCGCGGUUAAAGCGGCCGAAAAGCAGGAUAAUCAUAACCGAUAG